UUUUUUUUUAUGUUAUGUUAUAUUAUCCCUUUCCUUUUGGAUUAAUUUCGUGGCUCGGCAGCAAAGUUUUAUGUGAAAAUGUGUUAAUUUUUUCAGUUAUUUGUUGCAGCCUAAAAACAUGACAGCCAAGUACAUAAUACCUUUUUUUUUGGGAACUUGUGCUCUCUCGUUCGCAUUAGACCAUGUUAUUUCUGACAGGAAGUUAUUUGGAGGCAGUACUCCGGGAACUGUUUCGAACAAGAAAUGGGCGGAAGAGACAGAAAGAAAGCUCCAGGCAUGGCCUCGGACUGCAGGUCCUCCAGUCGUCAUGAAUCCCAUCAGUCGCCAGAAUUUUAUCGUCAAGUCUCGUGUUGAAUCUUGAAUAAAGCUCCACUACUACUAGCUUAGCUGCUGCUGGUGGUUUUUGUGUCACCUGGUUUGGUUUUCCAUCAUUUGCAUAAUCUCCUUGAAUACUAAUAGGAGUUCUCUAGUCUAAUUGUAAACAAUGCAGUGAGGGGCAUGGAGAGGUUGUUUGUUCCUCAUUCUGCUAUACCUUCAUUGCUCUUGUUUCUGUUUAGCCUUUUGUUGAAUGUUGCAUCUCAAAAACAAAUAAAUAAAGGAGAGGUCAAUUGGUUGCUUCUUUGUUCCAUUCCACAUGAAAUAUUGAAAUGCAAAAUGUCAAUUGUCUG